AUGAGCUAUCGGCUGGGCGUCGAUGUCGGGGGAACGUUCACCGACCUCGCCCUCUACGACACCGAUACCAACCGUCUCGAAUUCGCCAAGACGCCUUCCACGCCGGUCAACCAGGCCCUCGGAGUAGCUGCCGGAAUCCGCGAACUGAUGGACCGGCACGCCGUUUCCCCGGACCGGAUCGAUUUCUUCAUACAUGGCACGACGGUAGCGACGAACACGCUCCUUGAGCGUAAGGGCGCGAAGACGGCGCUGAUCGUUACCGCGGGGUUCCGCGACGUCCUGCAGAUCGGCAGGCAGGACAGGCCCGACCUCUACGACUGGCGCAUUCGCCGCUCCGAUCCGCUGGUCCCGCGCCGCCUGCGUUUCGAGGCCCAGGAGAGAGUGCUCCACACCGGAGAGGUGCUGACGCCUAUGGAGAUAGAGGGGCUCGACAAUAUCGUCAAGCGAGUCAAGGACGCCAACAUCGACGCUGUUGCCGUGUGUCUCAUCCACUCCUACGCCAACCCUGUGCACGAACAGGCCAUCGGCGACGCUAUCCGUCGUGAGCUGCCGGACAUCCCUGUCUCGCUCUCUCACGAGAUACUGCCGGAGUUCAAAGAGUACGAGCGGAUGAGCACGACUACAAUCAACGCCUAUGUCGCACCCGUCAUGGAGCGCUACUUGCGUCGGCUCGAAAAGAGCAUCGCCGAAGUGGGCCUCAAGUCGGAUGUGUACAUCAUGCAGUCCAACGGCGGAACGAUGGGCGUGGAAACGGCCAUCGAGCGUCCCGUCCACACGAUCCUGUCGGGGCCGGCGGCGGGUGUCAUCGGCGCUGUCGCCAUCGCCCAGCAGGCGGGCAAACCUAACAGCAUCUCCAUCGACAUGGGAGGCACCAGCUUCGACGUGUCGCUCUCGUACAGGGGUGAAGUCCGCCGAACACAGGAAAGCGAACUCGAACGCCUUCCUGUCAAGGUUCCAAUGGUGGAUAUCCACACGCUUGGCGCUGGCGGAGGAAGUAUCGCGUGGAUAGAUCCCGGCGGAGCGCUCAGAGUCGGUCCGCAGAGCGCGGGCGCUGACCCAGGGCCCGCUUGCUACGGCAACGGGGGCACUGAGGCGACAGUAACGGACGCGAACCUUGUUCUCGGCAGGCUAGGAGCGACUAGUCUCCUCGGCGGCACAAUGACCCUUGACAGGGAGUUGGCCCGAGACGUCAUCUCCGAGCGCAUCGCCAGGCCGCUGAGCCUCACCGUGGAGGAGGCAGCCGAAGGCAUCGUACAGGUCGUCAACGCCAGCAUGGUAAAGGGCAUCCGAGUCGUAUCGGUCUCCAAAGGCUACGACCCGCGCGAGUUCUCCCUUGUUGCGUUCGGUGGAGCGGGACCGCUCCAUGCCUCAGAGCUUGCCGACGAGAUGGACAUUCCCACCGUGCUCGUUCCCGUUGCGCCCGGUGUCACAUCGGCCCUGGGGCUGCUGAUGGCCGACCUGAGACACGACUUCACGCAAACGGUGCUCAAGCCCGGCAACGAACUGUCGCCGACCGAGAUCACGUCCUGGUACGAGCAGCUGGAAACGCAGGCGAUGGAGCAGAUGGCCCGCGAGGCGGUCGCGCCGGAGGACGUAUCUCUCGUUCGAGCGGCGGACGCGCGAUACGUCGGACAGGGCUACGAGCUAGAGGUCCUGGCUCAGUCAGGCAAGCUCGAACAGCGCGACGUCGAGGAGAUCGUGGAGCGAUUCCACGAUGCGCAUGUCCGCAGCUACGGCUACGCCUCGCGCGACAACGCGGUCGAGGUCGUCAAUCUCCGAGUCACGGCCCUCGCGUCCAUGCCCUCGCCCCGACCUCGCCAGCGAUUCACGGAAUGGCGGCGGAGACCCCUCUCUCUCUCGCAUUGGCGAACGGAGCGUGUAUUUCCGUAA